AGCACCAGGCCUCUGCUGCAUGUUUAAGGAAGGACUCCUGGUGGGGAGAACCCAGGGAUCUGGAGGGAGGGAGGUAUUCCACGCCGAGGAAACAGCUCAUGCAAAGGUCCCCCCCAGCAAGCAAAUGCCCACCUCAGACACACACUCACGGAUGGCUAGUGUCGGAUAGCAUGAGGUUCGCAGGAAGGGGUUAGGAGAGCGCAGAGUCAAAGGCUGCAGUUGUACGCGGCCACCUUUUGUGGAGGGGUGGGGCAGUACUGUGGAUUGAGUCGAAGGCCUCACGCAUGCUAGUUCUCUGCCUCUGUCUGGCGCGUUCUAGACAGCUGCUCUCCAACUGAGCUGGGCACCUGCCUGUCUUUUUACUUUUUGAGACAGGGUCUUAGUAAAAUGCUCACGCCAGCCUUGAAACAAGGCCAGCUUCAACCUUCAUCCCUCCUGCCUCAGGCUCCUUGAUAACUGGGGUGACAGGCCUGCAUUACCAGUCCCCACUAAAAGCUAAAAGGGACAGGAACCCAGAGGCUGGAGGUUCUCAAGCUCUGUGCCCCAGGGGGCAGGAGGGGCUAGGAAGUGAGGAAAUCAGAGAGGAAGCCAGUAAGGCAUUCCUUAUGGUGGAGGCAAGGCCUGUACAAAGGCAGCUGAGGUUCUGACACUGUCCGGAUCCUACGUGCACUUCGAAGCUUGAAAGCCUAGUUGCGUCCCUUCGCUGUCCAUCCAGGGCCCAAGCGGAGAUCUGCGGCCGCGCCACUUGUUACCAACCCUGCCACAGGCAUGAGGGGUCCCCGGCCGAGAUGACAGUGCUGGUGCCAGCCUGGAGCCCGAAUUCCUCCCUGUUGCUGCUGCUGCUGCUGCUGAGCCCUUGCCUGCGGGGGACACCUGACUGUUACUUCAGCCACAGUCCCAUCUCCUCUGACUUCCAAAGGACGAUUAGCAAGUUGACUGACUACCUGCUUAAAGAUUACCCAGUCACUGUGGCCACCAAUCUUCAGGACGAGAACCACUGCAAGGCCUUGUGGAGCCUCUUCCUGGCCCAUCGCUGGAUAGAGCAACUGAAGGCCGUGGCAGGCUCUAAAAUGCAAAAGCUUCUGGAGGCUGUCAAUACAGAGAUACAUUUUGUCACCUCGUGUACCUUCCAGCCCCUACCAGAGUGCCUUCGCUUUGUGCAGACCAACAUCUCCCACCUGCUGCAGGACACAUGCGCACAGCUGUCUGCUCUGAAGCCCUGUAUCGGGAAGGCCUGCCAGAACUUCUCCCGGUGCCUGGAGGGUCUCAUUAUGCAGGUUAGGCAGACACUGAACUCAAAGCAAUCCUCCUGCCUCAGUGUCCUGAGUGCUGGGAUUUCAGACCCCUCCACCCCGCUGCCCCCGAGGAGUCCUGUAGCCCUCGAAGCCACCGAGCUUCCAGAGCCACGGUCUGGGCAGCUGUCGCUCCUGCUGCUGCUGCUGCCUCUCACGCUGGUGCUGCUGGCAGCUGCCUGGGGCGUUCGCUGGCAAAGGGCGAGGAGGAGGGUGGAGCUCCGCCCUGGGGUGCCCCUCCCCUCCCAUCCGUAGGAUGUGAGCCGUGUGCAUCCCUGACUCAGCCAGGGUCUUUCUCCUCUUUCUCGAUGAGGUCUCAGUAUGUUGCCCAGACUGACCGUGAAUACCUUGAUGAGCCUUCCUGCUCCAGUCUUCCAAACAGCUGGGCUCACGGGACACCGUAUGAACAUGGCUUCGCUUUUCUUCUUUCUUGGUGCUAGAGUUGGGAGCUCAAGCAAGGAAGAAGCUAGGCACAUGCUGCGCUGGCUUACAUCCCAACCCAGAGGACGCUCCGUCUGGGCGUGGCAAUGGACAUGUGUAAUUCCAGUGCUCCUGGAUUGGAGAUGCUGGUACUGGAGGAUACUGACUUUAAGGAAAACAGAGAGGAAGAAGGCGGCUGCACUGUGGCCCUGUGUGGUUGCUUCUGUCACCUCCACCCCUUAAAAUAAAAACAACUGCUGGGUA